AUGUCGUUGUUUGUGAGAUUGAGAAGUUCUCAAGUAACACUACAACGUCGACAAAGAAAUUUAUUGAAAUGUUUAAAAUUUUCAAGAUGGAGCCUUCUUCCGUCCUUGUCCAUAAUGUUUCUCAGUAUUGCCAUUGCAAGCGUCGGAUUUAUUAUUAUUUUCGAAGUAAAAAUAACACAAAAAACUGGAAUCGAAAACAAAGAUGUUACAAAACAAGUAUCAUUUUCAACAACGACAACACCGCGAGGUGACUUUUUUAAAAUAGGUGCUUUGCUUAGUAAAAGCACACCGAAUGUAGAGCUUUUCGCGCAAGUAACAUUAAAUCAAAUUUAUAGUAUGAAUAUAAAAAAAGAUAUAUUAAAUUAUUACAACGUAUUAAAUGAUUGCAAGGUUAAACGUAAUUUGGAAUGUAAUAAUUAUACGCUUGUAGAUAAAUCGUUGGAAAGGAUAAAUUGGCCGUACCUUAAACCAUGUUCACCCUAUCCAUCUAAUCUAGUCGGACCCAUGUUCGUACAUCAAAGUCAACUAUAUAAAAUAAAUCAAAUGGAUCCGGAAAUUUUAUCGAAAAUCAAACCGGGGGGUUGGUGGGAACCCUCAAAUUGUUUAUCUAAACAUUCCGUUGCCAUUAUAAUACCUUACAAAGAUCGUUGGCAUCAUUUAACAACUUUAUUAAAUUUCCUUCAUCCCCUUUUGCAAAGACAAGAAAUUAGAUAUAAGUUAUACGUCGUCGAACAGUUCGGUAACGAAACGUUUAAUAAAGGUAUUCUGAUGAACGCUGGUUUUCUAGAAGCUUUGAAAGAAGAAAUUUAUCAUUGUUUCAUAUUUCACGAUGUCGAUUUGAUACCGGAAAAUGAUCACAACAUGUAUACAUGUCCGGAAAUGCCGAGACAUUUAAGCCCUGCCGUCAACGAACUUAAUUACAAGUUACCUUACGCGCAAUUAGUCGGUGGUGCUUUUGCAAUAAAAACUGAUCAUUUUUUUCGCGUUAACGGUUAUUCAAAUUUUUAUUGGGGUUGGGGAGGCGAAGAUGAUGAUAUGGGAUUGAGAAUUGAACAAACUAAUAUGACCAUAAUCCGACCUUUACCGAACAUCGGAAGGUACACAAUGAUAAAACACGUUAAAAGAAAACCAUCCGAUGUUGAAAUACGUCACAGACUCCUAUCGACAUCUAAAAGAAGAUACAGGUACGAAGGUUUGAAUUCGGUAAAUUAUAAAUUAAUUAAAAAAACACAAUAUCCAUGGUUCACGACGAUUUUAAUCGAUAUCGGUAAACCACAUCCAUCGUUUAAAUUAAAAAAAAAACACGAAUUAAAAGAAGAAAAAAAUAAUAAUAAUAAUAAGAAUAAUAAGAAUAAGUAA